UCGUUCCCCUUAAAGUUACAAAGCGGCGGAGUUAGAUAGAUUGUUUUUUAACGAUUCGUUCUUGCUUAAAUAAAGCUUCUUGCUUGAAUAAACGUUGCGACGUUUCACGUCUCUCGAAUUUGGAGAGUGGUUAAAGACGGGACCGUAGGAUGGACAGACAAUGAGUCGAACGAGAUAAGAACGAAAGAAACGAUUUAUAUAAAUGCGUAUGUGAUUGACGAGGUUCGAUUCGUGUUCGGUGGAACUUAGUAUGCAGCCGAACGCAUUACGCCAAUAUCCAGCAGUCUAUUUUGAUGUUCGGCGUGCUUUUGGGCAAUAUUAUAUUUGGCAAUCUAGCAGAUAGGUACGGUAGAAAGAUGCCGCUGAUGGUAUCGGUAAUUCUUCAGCUAGCCUCUGGUAUCGGAUGCGCUGUCGUGCCAUGGUUUCCGGCACUGUUGUUGAUGAAAUUCCUUAGCGCCUUAGCCACAGGUGGUAUGGAGAUUGUUGGAACACAGUGGCGUGCGGCCAUCACGGUGCUCUAUCAAAUACCAUUUAGCUUGGGCCACAUGUCACUGGCUGGGCUUGCAUUUCUAUUCCGUCACUGGCGGCACCUUCAAAUUGCCAUCACGCUGCCCUCUGUCAUUCUUCUGAGUUAUUGGUGGAUCGUACCUGAAUCUCCUAGGUGGUUGCUCGCCUUUGGGAAGCAACGAGCGGCGUGCAAGAUCCUGCAGAAGGGCGCCAACAUCAACCAAAUCAAAAACAAAGAUAUCCCGGAGAUGGUCAGGCAACACUGUUUGCAUCAAAAUUCCAAGCGAUCACAUUUGGAUCACAAAGCGUCGUUCUUGGACUUGUUUCGCACGCCCAACAUGAGGAUGAAAUCGCUGUCGAUUUUCUUCAAUUGGAUCGUCUGCGGGAUGGGCCUGUUCGGGAUGUCUCAGUACAUCGGCCAGGUCGGUGGCAAUAUCUUCGUGAAUUUCACCGUUUCCGGGGCCAUACAGAUACCCGGGAACUUCGUCGCCUGGUGGGCAAUGAACAAACUCGGUCGAAAGAUCACGCUGAUCUGCAGCAACUCGAUCGCUGGCAUCGCUGCUCUUCUACUCGUCGUUGUUUCAAAUGACAUUGCGUGGCUUCGGUUGAUUCUAGUCUGUACAGCUAUCGUCGGUAUGUCGGUCUCUUUCACUACUGUUUACUUGUUUUCUGGCGAACUGUUCCCCACGGUUGUCAGGAACAUCGGUGUGGGUACCAGCAGCAUGUGCGCCAGGAUAGGCUCUAUCUCAGCACCUUUCGUUGUCUCGUUGGAUCACAUCCAAACUUGGCUGCCGCCGGCCUGUUUUGGAAUCUUGCCGCUCAUCGGUGCUGCGCUUUGCCUUUUCUUGCCAGAAACUGUUGGAUGUACGCUGCCAGAGACGCUCGAGGAUGGCGAGAACUUUGGAAAGUCAGUGUAAUUUUCAUCAUCACGCGAGAUAAUUAUAUCUAAUUUUAUUUAAAUAAAAUUUAAUAAUUCAUAUUCAAUUUCUAUCGUGAAAGCUAUUUAUCACCAUUGUUUUUACAAUUUUACAAAUUUAAUUAUAUUCAAUUUCCAUCGUGAAAGCUAUUUAUCACCAUUGUUUUUACAAUUUUACAAAUUUAAUUAUAUUCAAUUUCCAUCGUGAAAGCUAUUUAUCACCAUUGUUUUUACAAUUUUCACUCAUUCUUCCUGUUGCCUGUUCGUUACAGGAAACUUCAUAAAAUAAAGAAGAAUCGAAAAGAUAUCGAAGCAGAGGAGGCACUUUGAGCGAAGACUGAGAUUAAUUAAUACCUAGACAUUAUAUAUAUGUAUAAAGAAAAAUAAUUAGGAGAAAGUAAUAAAAUUAAAAACACGGAUUUUUAUAGAAAAAUUAACUGUACAUAUAUAAUUAAUACUGAGAUCAUUCCUUUUUCUUUUUUUUUUUUUUUAUUUAUUGUAUUAUUCACAUCUACGAUUUUAACGACAUCGUUGUUUCUCUUCACAUGCAUUGAAGCACGUCGAUGAAUUCUUUUUAUGUAUUAAUAGUUGAUAAGAAAUCGAUGAAAUGUGAUGUGUAUGUAUAUUACGAAAUUGCUUAACAAAAAUAUUCUGGAAUAUUCAAGGCCGUUUUAAAACAUAUUUUCGACUUCGGAAAGUUGACGAAUAUUAUUUACUGUUGACGAAUGUUGCGACAAUUGCGAGAAGAGUGCCUUCUACCAUUUGUAUGUGAAUAUCUAAAUAGAUCUUAUAUUUUAUAAAAGUUGUUUAUUUUUCCCUAAGUUCUCUACAGCUGUCAGGUAUAAUUUUAUAUAAUGAUUACAGUAACGUAAUUAAUUUAAUGGGCAGUGAAUAUUAA